AAUUAAAUAAUCUAAAAAACAAACCUAACUUAAAUGCUAACGAACAAGCAAGAAUUAAGGAGUUAGAAAGAGAGUUAAAAGAAAAGCAAGUUGGGCAGAAAGAGAAUAAUUAUAAGUUAUGGUUAGGGAUUGGUUGUGGAGUUUUAGGAAUGAGUUUAGUGGGUGCUUUAGAAUUCGACCAACCUAGUGAAUUAGUUAUUGAAAAUUAUCCUAAUUUAAAGAGAAUAUAUAGAGAAGUCUUGCCAAUACCAAUUUUCAAUGUGACUAAGGUAGUCAUUAGAAACUGUUCCCAAUUAGAGCAUGUGAACCUUAAUAGACUCAAAAAUAAUCAAGAACUAAUUUUGAAUGAUUUACCUAGUUUAAAAUAUCUUGAUUGUGGAUACAAUAAACUAACUAAUUUAGAUUUGCAAUCUAUUAACAUAGAUAAGUUAGAAGAAUUGUAUUUGAAUAAUAAUAAUUUUGCUAAGCAAGACUUAUCUUUUUUGAGUCAUUUGACUAGUUUAAAGAAUUUAUGGUUAGGAACUAAUUUAAGGAUAAGAAUAGAAGAAGGCAGAGAAAGAGUUCAGCAAGGCAUUUAUAAUCGCUUUUACGGCUCUUUAAAAUUUUUACAAGAACUAACCACGUUAAAAGAACUCAAUAUUAACGACUCCGACCUAGAAAGCGGUUUAGAGUAUUUACCGAACAGCAUUGUUAGUUUUGAUUGCUCAGCCGGUGAAAGAGAAGAUGCCAAAGUAAAAAUCAUAAAAGAAAAAUUAGAAAAAUACAAAUUCAGUUCUGGAACCUAUGCCUCUGCACUGGAAAAUUGA